AAUCACAUAAGAUCGUUAGGAUCAACAUUAACAUCACUGACACAUCAUCAUCAUCAUCCUCAACCUCACCCUCACUCUAAUCGUUUUUGUUUGUUUAAGGACUAAUAUCAUUACUCUUAUGAUCACUUGAAGUACUUUCACCAUUAACCAUAUUUCCUUGAUUAUCAUCAUCUGGAAAAGAUAACUCAUUGAUUGAUGCAUUCCCUUCUUAAUUGAUAAAAGGUCGGGUUAGUGGUGCUGAAGGAUUGGGAGAUGAACAAAAGCUUGCAAUGUAAUGGAGAUUUGGAUUAUUGUGAGGGUGGUGGGAACAAAUUACAAGCUAAUUGGGAGGCUGGAAGAUAUCGUUGAUGAAAGGAGUAGGGCGCCGACAUGCGAAAGAGGAAGAUACGAGGAAGAGAAUGAAAAUAAAUUGAGAGUUAACUCUCAGGUUGGGGUUGUGUUGUUCAUUAUGUUGGGUUGGGGAAAGUAAAUUUGACUCGGUUCAUGGGCAUAACCCAACUUGACCGGCCUAAUUUUGAUCCAAUUGAUAUGAACCUUGAAAUCGUACAAAAUCGUAGAAAUCGUAGAUUUUAUGGAUUUUAGAGUUUUAAAUCGGGAUUUUAUGGGAUUUUAAGGUUCAAAGAUUUUACAGUAAAAUCAGGAUCGAAACCCAUAGGUAAGAUCGUAAAAUCGUAAGAUUUUAAGAUUAAAAUCGGGAUUUUGACUACAUUGACCAACCCCCCAUUCCCACUACCACCAAACAUGCGCUUCUUCACCCUCUCUGGCGCGCCGCUAUGACGGAGGAGCAUCGUGCUCUCCUCAAGAACCAGACCUGGAAGAUGGUACCCCGUUCCCCCACCAUGAAUGUGAUCUCAUGUAAGUGGCUCUACCGGAUCAAGACAAAAUCAGAUGAUUCGAUUGACAGGUACAAGGCCCGCCUUGUUGCCCGCGGAUUUCAGCAACGUCCCGGACUUUAUUUUGGCGACAUAUUCAGUCCUGUCUUAAAACCAACUACCUUACGACUGAUCAUGUCUCUUGUUGUCUCUCACAAAUGGCCAGUACGCCAACUGGACAUUGCCAAUGCAUUUUUACAUGGCACUUUGACUGACGAUGUAUUUAUGCAGCAACCACCAGGUUUUGUCGAUCCCGACCGUCCCGAUCAUGUCUGCCAUCUCCAAAAGUCUCUCUAUGGCCUCAAACAGGCGCCGCGAGCAUGGUUUCACUGCCUCCGCCGAGCACUCAAGGCUUAUGGGUUUCAUGGGUCGAAGACUGACACCUCUCUGUUUAUUCUCUGUCGUGGCUCAUUGCGGCUACAUGUCCUCAUAUAUGUCGACGACAUUCUCAUCACCGGUAAUCAGCCAUAUGCAUUGCAAGCACUCAUACUCUAUCUCAACAAGAAAUUCGCAGUCCGGGAUCUUGGUCGUCUCUCUUAUUUCCUUGGGAUUGAAACCCUCUGGACUCCUCGCGAGCUGGUGCUGUCCCAACGCAAGUACAUUAAUCAUAUCCUUGCUCGUGCAAAAAUGUCUUCAGCCAAUGUCCUCUCCACUCCGGCGGCCACAACCACCUCCAACCCGGACUCCAUGCUUUUUCCGGACAUCACACUCUAUCGGCAAAUUGUGGGCGCAUUGCAAUAUCUUCAGUUCACCCGUCCCGACAUUGCUUAAGCUGUGAAUUACUGUGCCCAACAUAUGCAUCAGCCUCUUCAACAUCACUGGACAGAUGUCAAACGCAUCUUACGUUAUCUUC